CAUGGUACUGGUGUUUGUGAUGAUGUACCUUUAUCACGUUUUGGUUGUCACGGUUUCUAUUAUGACACAAUUGCACGUGGUUGUUAAGAUGUUAUUUAUAUAAAGCUUCCCGCGCCUAAGGUUGUCAGUUUGAAACGGGAAGUUCUGAAGUUGUUUGUUAUCAACCGAAACAAAGCUAACACAUGGUAUUGAGAUCACAAUAAACUCAAUUCAACGCUAUCAUAAUCUGCGCAUUACCAACAAUGGAUAGGCGCCAUAGACAGAGCCUCACCGCAGAAACGUUUCCGAAAAAAACGGAUGGGAAUCAAAAUGAUGUUAAAAACGAGGCGAUUCAAAACAGGUCAGGGACCAGCGAAAGCAUCACCAACAAAUCCGGUAACGUUUUACAAACAGAAUAUAUGUCUAAAAACGAUAACAAGUCAUCACUGGGCAAUGAAAAGCAGCAACUACUGGAAUCGAAAAUUAUGAAAAUACGUCUUGGAGAUCUAAAGAAUGAAACAAUUGCGGAUACUAAAAGACACACUGACGUGAAAAUUGUUUUAAAAGCCGAGAGUUUAAACGAAAUGGGUGAAAGAAGAGCAGUUGUCUUAUUAUCGAACGAGAAAGAUAAUAAAGCAGGUAAACUAGACACCAUCCAUGGGUCAGCUGAAGAAAACAGUGGGAACAGCGUCCGGAUGUUUUUUACCGAACAGGGCGACAGCACGGGAAAUACAGGUGUUAGACAAGAGGAAAAUAGACCGGUGCAUUGUAUUACUACUUUCACUGUAACACAGUCUCAGCAAAAAGAGGUGAUACCUUUGCAACAAUCCAGCAGACCUAGCGCUCAGAAUCAAGGUGUCCCAAUAACUCUUCACCAUGUUACACCAGAAACAAACUUCCAUAUUCACGGUCCAACAGCUGCGCCUGAAGCAAUCAGGUUAACACAAGUGCCGUUUGAUAUCAAGUUACAGCCAAUGGUCGAGCCGUCUGUAAAAGUUGAGACUAAAGACGUGCCACUCACUGUCCCACCAUCAGAUCCAGGAGCAUUUGAAACAGCCCAGAGUAAAGACCGAAAUGGGCACAUUAAACGUCCAAUGAAUGCUUUUAUGGUCUGGGCCAGAAUCCAUAGACCAGCACUUGCUAAGGCUAACCCAGCUGCUAACAACGCAGAUGUAAGUGUGCAGCUUGGGAUAGAAUGGAACAAGCUCUCCGAGGAACAAAAGAAACCUUAUUAUGAUGCAGCUCAGAAGAUUAAAGAAAAGCACAGAGAAGAAUUUCCUGGUUGGGUAUAUCAGCCAAGGCCUGGAAAGAGAAAGCGUUACCCACUAGGCAUUUCAUCAUCUCUAAUGUCAGGUGCUUCCCAAAGUGUCCUCAGUACAACUCCAGCUCCAGUCAUGCGACCCACCACCUAUUCUGUAGUGAUCCCUAAUAUACAGACAGGUAGCUGCUGCUCUCCAGCUGCAGGGAGCAGUCAAUCUCCUGUUCAAGCCACAAACAGGACUGUCCAGCAGUCACUCCCGGUAACUAUGUAUCAGCAAUCCAGCCCAGUCCAGAUGAUUGUUACAACAGCCAACCUGCCGGCUCGUCAGUCAGGGCCAGCCUCAUGUUCAGUGAUGUCUGUGAAGACUGAUGCGCACCGCAGUAUCCCCAUGCCAACCUCACUCCCAAGCCACCCUGAGACUAGAUUUCAGUGUGCUCCAGUGCAGUCCAUGCCCAGAACCUUUGAGAGCAGUGGCAUUACCCAGUACCGCUACAGCACCCCCUCUGAGCUGCUGAAACCCAAGGAAAUGCAGUCCAGUGUAGCCAGCUGUUCAAGAGGACCACAGCUUCCUCCACCACCCUUUCCCCACUCACAUGUUUACCCCCCACCCAGCAUGACUCACCCAGCCAAUCUCUUUGCACCGACACCACAAUUUCCAUUCCCUCCCCCCUAUUUUCUACCAGGACCACACUACUUCCAAUCAAGCCCGUGUCCUUAUAGUCGUCCUCCAUAUGCCUACAACGAAUAUCCAAACCCAAUGUCUGACUACCUUGGUUACUACGAAGACCGAUACCAGAAGCACGAGGCUAUGUUUUCUGCCCUGAACCGGGACUACUUGUUCAGGGACUGCGCAGAUGGGGGCCUGCACAAUGACGAGUCUCAUAGCAGAGAGGGCAUGAAUGAGCAGGCUUUCCAAGGCAGCCACGCAGCAGAGGAGUAUCUGAAGGUGCCGCUGCUGGAUGUGGGCGCCCUGGAGAACGUCUUCACAGCGCCUGUAAUGGCUCCAACUCGCCUGCAGAGAGUCAAUGUGAUUGACACUGACGAGGAGGAGGAGGAGGAGGAAGACAGAGUUAUGAGAAAUUUAUAA